AUGAAGUGGAACUAUGCGAACUCGAUCAUCUACAAUCCCAUCCUCGCCUUGGUUAAGGCCUCCUUCUUGAUGACACUCAUCAAGCUCCGAUCGCAGAACAAGUGGAUAAACGUUUGUCUAUGGGGAACACUUAUCAUAAACGGCUGUUUCGCCGUUGCUGCACCUCUCGCCUGCAUUCUGCAAUGCAAUCCAAUAUCUAAGUACUGGAAUCCCGGUGUUCAAGGACGGUGCGUUGAUGCUGGCGCCUACACUGUCAGCACGUCGUUAAUUGUGCUCACGACUGAUGUCCUAAUCCUGCUCAUGCCUUCAUGGAUAUUACACGAUUUGAAAAUGCCUCUUGGUCGUAAGCUCAUGGUCAUUGCAUUUCUGUCCUUCGGAAUUCUAGUCACUGUGGUCGGCGCGGUGCGCACGAGUGUCCUUGUCAAAGUUUUUGUACUGAAAGAGGCCACGGAAGAUGGGUCAUACGGAGUUGGCUACACCCUCUCAAACAUCGAAUCUGGACUCGCAAUUGUCGGGACAUGUGGCCCAACAAUUAAGUACUUUCUCAGUUGCUGCAUCCCUUCGCUUAGGAAUGCAGAUGAAUCAAGCAAUCGCGGGUACAUGUACCCCACAGCCGGCUCUCAGGGGGAUGCUCGGUCGAAACGCUUCACGAGAACUGCGAAGACGCACAGCACGUUCAAGGAGAUUGAUGAAUUGGAGCUGACAAAUGUACCGGGCGAAGACAAGCACAUUACGAGAAGGGACACACAACGUGGGGAUCCAAUGAUGAUCACAAAGACAGUUGCGUGGACAGUGGACAACAGCCACGAGAAGGAUUCGAACAGUACGAAUGGCGAACAAAGACCUCGCGAUCUGCUAUAA